UCAGUUAAAGUUUAUAAUUUAAUGAUUAUUGCUGGAAACUAUUUUUUCCAAUCACCUUUUAUUGGUACAGUGUGCUGAAUAGUAUCUAGUCACGCAAAUUAUCCUCUAUAAGAUACUCUUGCUGUACCUAUUAAAGAUCUCCGGAUUCAUUAAUGAUCCUGUUGGUUUAUCAAACUCUUCACAUAUUCAUACUUGCCGGAUGAAAUUAAAUCAAACACCAUGUUUUCAACUCACCUAGUAAGGUUUUGUUGAACGGUUCUGUAAACAGAGUAAAAGCGAGAAAUUAAAGAUAUGCCUUGCUAUAAGAACUAAUUUGAGACUGGAGUAAAUUGCUCAUUCAGGAUGAGAAAUUGGAAGGAAAUAUGAUCGUAAAAGGAGAUCAACUAAUCAUAUUUAGACAAGGAAAACACUGAAGGAAACCUAAUUAUGACUAUACGCUGUGAGGGAAAAUUUAUUAGACUGUAAACAUUAAAAAGGCAAGAAACAUUAACAAUGAUCAACAAUUGUUCAGUUUUAUUAAUUAAUCAAGCUCAUCAACUUUCAAAAGUGUCAGUAAAUUGAGUGCAACUAAAUGUAAAAAGUGAUCAACUGAUAUCUUUCGAGUGACCAAUCAAAACAAGAUCAUUGCUUCUUCAUUUAACAUUUCUCCUUAUAACGGUCAUAAUAAAUCUUGGCUUUGAAUAGUUAACAAUUCAACUCAAUCAAUCCUAAAUUGUAGUUGCCCAGCUUUUUAUGAGUUAACCAGUAAGUUGAAGUAAACAAUUAUAACCAAUUGCUUCUCAAGUGAGUUUUGGCCCUUUCUCCCUCACCAUCAUCAAAAAUCAUCAUCAUUAUCCAUCGUCUUUAGCAUCUUUUUUAUUCUUGUUCAACUCCUUGGUUUCCAUCAGUUUCAAGAUAAUUGUACCUUCAACUUGAUCAACACAUGAUACAACUCAAUGGGCUUUUCCUGGUCAAAAUCUGGUUCAAUCUUUCAAUAAACACAAUUCAAAAGUUGAAGGUUUAUUCCUUGUGACAAACUUUCAGUGCAACUUGUGUCCUUUCCAGUGUUAACUUCAUCACUUGUUGGCCUCAUUUGAGUUGCUCUUUUUUUAAUCAUCUUUUGUCAGUCAAACAACUUACCAAGUUAACAGCAGAUAACAUUAAAAAGCCAAAUGAAUAGUUCAACAUCAUUUACAUCAUCAGUAAAUGUUUCUCAUUUUCAUCUGACGAAAAGAAGUCAAAAAACUUGUUGAAUUAGAAAAGAAACUGAAAAAUAUUGGAACAUUCCUCAUCCUUUAGACGCUUUAUCAACAAGUUUCUUCAUUCAUUAUUAAACCAGCAACAUAACCAUCAGCUAUAGCAUCAUCAUUAUCAUCAUCAGCAGAAACAGUAACUUAUUUUUUUUCUUCCGUUUGUGCUCUCAUUGGAUUUGAACGUCUUGUAAACUUGCCAGAUCGAGAGUUGAGAGAAACAAGGAGAUAAAAAGAAAUCCCUUUAACCAUCAAAAAGUAAAGUUGACUUCAUAUUCCAGUGGUUAAUUGAUUUUGUUGAAUGAACAUGACCAGAUAAUCAUUCCACUGUAAUCAGUAUUGUUUCCAAACACCAUAAUCAAACAACCAAUUUGUUAAAGAUUGUUAACAUUUUAAGUGUUGUUUGUUGUUUACCCAUCAGAGUAACAGUGCAAUGGAAGUUAAUCAAGAAAAGUUGAAUAGUGAGGGCAAAAGUGAACCUUGGAUUAACAGCGAUCAAAGUGAAAACAAAGAAAAUCGAUUAAGUGACGAACUUAAAAGUGAUAAAACAUUGCUGGACAUGAUUAAAUCCAGGCCAAAAAGGUGCAAUCGUAAAGUCCCAAGUCGACUGAGACCAGUAAUAAGGGAAGAAGAUUUAACAGCAACAGAUGAAAAAAAGCCAACCGAUUUAUCAGGAAAAUCAAGUGAUGCCAGUUUGCUUGAUAGUGGACUUGAUACAUUUUUUCAAAGUACUUCGAUAACGUUCAAAAGACAAACUUUUGGUGAUACAAGCUUCUUUGAUGAGGCCUUUUCUCGAGCUCCAAUAUCAGACCAAAGUAUAUUGAAUAGAAAAACAAGCCAAUUUGAAGCUAAUGCAGAGGAAACGGAGAAAGGCCAAGAAGAUAAAAGUUCAAAAAAUGAUGACUUUAGCAGGACAAACAAUAAUAAACUAAGUCCAUUGUGGGCUGAUAAAGUAUCUCGAUCUCGUUCAUCGCCUAAUUUAAUUGAUCCUAGGAAAAUGUUGAUGCCGGGUGAUCCUCGAGUUAACUUAUCAAUAAUCAAGGAAUUACGGACGAGACAGAAAACUGGUGAAUCAGAAGUCUCUAACAACAAGAAUAUUGCAAACAACAAUAACCAUCAUCACUUAUCGCUGUUGUCAGAAUUAAAAUCUAAAAAUAAACCAAUUUGCUCCAAAAACGAUUCUGCUCAUAUUAACUUGGUUAAUAGAGAUAAGCCUCCGAUUUCAAUCUUGAAGCCAUCACUUAAAUGUUCAUCAGGUUCAUCGACAGUACAACAAUCUGGUCAAUUUUUCAAUGUUAAACUGAAGGAAACUAAAUCAGACAAUCGGUCGGUCAAUAGUUUGAUUAAAUCGUACACGAGAGCUUCUUUUCCUGUUAAGGAGAUUGAUGAUGUAAAAAGGAAGAGCACACAAAAUUGUAAAGAUGGGGAUGAAGCUGAUGGUGAUGAAAAUAAUGUUACAGGAUUAUCUAAGGAGGCAAGCGCUUUGGAUGUUGGUAAAGAUGAAAAAAGCAGCGAUCGAUCGAGUGAAGAAUCUUCAUCAUCAUCCUCCGAUGAAGAUGAGAAAGAAAAUGAUGAUUGCCAUCAAAGUAAACGCGAAGCUAUUGGUUGCUGUCCGGAUGAAUGAAGAUAGAAAAUUAUGAAAAAAAAUGAAAUAAAAUCUGUAAAAAUAAGUAAUUAUUAUAAACGAGUAAUAUAAACGA